CCUAUAAUACCGCAGUGUGCCAGAAUCCUUUGCAAAAUGAUCAGCAUUAUAAUUAUUAUAAAAUUUGUUUUGAAAUUGCUGUAUAAUGAUACGAUGACAUCACAACUACCAACAAUUAUAACAAUGACGGUAACAACAAUAAAGCAUUUAACCAUAUGUAUUAAAGUUACAUAGAUAGUUACAUACCCACCUAAAGUCACAUGCAGCCGUAACAUGUGUUCAGGGCCAUGCAGUAAAGGGACUACACAGCCUAGCUGGUACAUUAUAUGUUUAUUUUAUGAAGCUGGUUUAGACUAAUUUUUCCACACUCUCUUGUUUAUUUUCUGUAUUAUUUUUAUUUAUUGCUAUAGUUGCCAAUGAUGCAUAUAUAAAUAACGUGCCAGAUGAACCUGAUGAUCAAAAACUGACGAUGCAUAAGAUAAAUGCUGCAUGAGAACCGCGCGCGAUCGAGAAUAAUGAAAGUGGACAUCCUCAGGUUUAAAGCGUACUAAAGAGACCUUUACAAUUAAACUACAUUUGCUCACGAACAUAAAUGUUUAUUGUUGUUAGUCAGCGCAUUCCACAGAUCAAGGUCGUUUUCACCCUAUAGGUCUGACCCAUGGUAAAGUUUGUAAACACCUUUAUAGGAUAUUUCAGCGCAUUGCAUCAGCCGGCCGUCAGACAACAAAGCCGGCAAAUCACGCAUCCGUCUUGUCACCGCUGAUGCGGAAUGUUAAAAAGGGCUCAUCCCCUCCAGGGUCCAAAUCCUUUUUAGGUUCCUCCCACUGUCCCCUUCUCCCACCUUUCUGGAGUACAUCAUCCAUCCAACCAGCCCCCAACCUCCAUCCCCGAACACUUUUAUUGCUGUGUUCUCGGGGUCAAGCUGCCAAUCAGAAACCUGAGCGCGCUUCGGGCAAAUGCUAACCUGGGAACUCCUCCUCUCUCCUUCAUCCCCUCCUUCCAGCCGUUGACCAGUUGAGCCUAUACUGUGUGUUUGACUCAAUUAUUGUCGUUACCUUCUUCCGGGUGCUGAUGCAAGAGGCUGAAAGUUGGUGGUGCGAGACUUAUACGAGCAUUUCUAUAUAAACCCGUCUUCUCGUCAAACCAUGCAAAGCACAGAAAACAUGGGCGUGCGCGGUCGACAAUGUGUUAUGUGUGGGUGCAUUGUUGGUAUAACAGAGAUAGCAACCAAGUGUCCACAGUCAAACACCUACCAGCACAUCUACGUGCAAGAUUAUGUGGAUCACGAAGGAAGCACCAGCAUAAUAUUCAGUCUUCCAGAAAAAGUUGGUGCUUUGGCAGAAGCUCUGAAAGUGUUUGAGACAAACAAUGUGAACUUGCAUCACAUCGAGUCUCGACCCUCGCUUGAAGACAAAGACUGCUACGAAUUCUUUGUUUCCUGUGACAAUGUGCGUGGAGGCCUGUAUGAAGCCAUUGACAUCCUUAAGGGAAGAACCAAGAACUUGCAGGUUCUUUCCCGAAAUCCAGAAAAUAAAAAAGAUGAAGAUAGUGGUGUGGAAGUGCCAUGGUUUCCCAGAAAAAUAAGGGAUUUGGAUCGCUUUGCAAACCAGAUCUUGAGCUACGGAUCAGAGCUGGAUGCUGAUCACCCAGGUUUCAAAGAUCCUGUCUACCGUACCAGAAGAAAAGAAUUUGCAGACAUUGCAUUCAACUACAAACAUGGUGAGCCCAUUCCUCGUGUCCAGUACACAGAUGAAGAAGUGAAAACCUGGGGCACAAUUUUCCAAGAACUAACAAAGCUGUACCCAACUCACGCCUGCAGAGAAUUCAACCAUGUGUUUCCUCUUCUUAUUGAUAACUGUGGCUUCCGAGAAAACAACAUCCCGCAACUUCAGGAUAUCUCAGACUUUCUGAAAGACUGCACAGGAUUUCAGCUGCGGCCUGUAGCAGGUUUGCUGUCAUCCCGUGACUUUCUUGCAGGACUGGCAUUCCGAGUAUUCCACUCUACUCAGUAUAUCCGACAUGGCUCCAAGCCAAUGUAUACACCAGAACCUGAUGUGUGCCAUGAAGUACUGGGGCAUGUGCCCUUGUUUGCAGACCCAUCAUUUGCCCAGUUUUCUCAAGAGAUAGGGCUGGCUAGUCUUGGUGCUCCUGAUGAGUACAUUCAAAAGCUUGCUACACUGUACUGGUUUACUGUUGAAUUUGGGUUAUGCCGUCAAGAGGGUCAUCUGAAAGCUUAUGGGGCAGGACUUUUAUCUUCUUUUGGAGAGCUGCAGUAUGCCCUGACUGAUAAGCCAGAGGUGCGACCCUUUGACCCCCAAAAAACGUCAACACAGGAAUAUCCCAUCACAUCUUUCCAGCCUGUCUAUUUUGUUGCUGACAGUUUUGAUGAUGCCAAGGAAAAACUCAAGGCAUACUCACUGACAAUUCCACGUCCAUUUAGUGUACGCUACAAUGCCUAUACACAAAGUGUUGAAGUCAUCAACAAUAAAGAGCAGAUUAUCAACCUAACAAGGACUAUAAAAGGAGAUCUGUCCCUGCUUGAAGAUGCUCUACAGAAGGUCAACAGGCUUUAAUAAGAAAACAGAUCUGGUUAUAAACCUCCAGUUUUUCUCUAAAUUUUCUUGGAUUUGUGGAACAUUAUGGAAGAGUCAAAUGUUCUACUGACAUUUUGAUAAUGAUCAGUUACAUGCAUAAAGUUUCACAUGAGCUUAGAUUUAUUGAUGCAACAACCACAUAAAUGGGAAAAAAAAUCUCAGCAUCCUUUCAAGAGCAGUUUGCACUGCUGACCCUCAUUAAAUCAGUUGCUUAGUUUUAUAAAACGAUUUUUUGUCACUAAAGUGUUCAAUCAAAUUUUAAUGACUUUUUUUUUAUGAUUUUGGGCUAAUGAAGUAGAUUACUGCUAUCUUGCAUUGAAUGUAAUUUUAAUUUACUUAUUUACAUUUGGUCUCUGUGCAUUUUACUUCUUAUUUAUAUAAGUACUUCAACAUUUACACUAUUUUUGCAAAACAACUUGAAUUGAUGGGUACCAUAUAGGAAAGAACCCACUUCUGAAAUUGUAAAAGAUUAUAUGCAAGCAAAAGAUAGUUUGGUGGGAUGUGAACGUGUGUGUUGUGCGCGUGUGCGGUUAAUAAAACUAUAAACUAUUCCAUCUAGGUUGUUUUGAAUUGGCAAUAUGUAUAAAGUUUGUCUUCACAAGUGUAAGAAAAUCUACCUCGUGUUCAUCAUUCCCGAGUAAACAAACGUUUGUUUACAACAUAAUAAAGUAAUUUUACUGACAACAAAGACAGCAUAAUCACAGUGAGAAUAACUGCACUUAAGACUGCAAGAUUUUGAGAGAAAAACUUAAGUUACUUAAAAAAAAUUAAAGAAGACUACAUUUUUAUAAGAUAGAGAAUACACUUUUUGCAAAUAUUGAUUUUUUUAAAAUUUCUAAAUAACCCUCCUAUAGCAGAAAAAUCUUGUUCUGUGGUCAGAAAACACAGCCAAGAUCCACCUACAUCUUAUAAGUUUUGGAUAAUGAUUUAAGGUAAAAUGAACAUACUAAGAUCUUUUGUAUUACUUGGGCAUUUGUAAAAGAAACUUACAAAAACUUUCAUCUUACCAAAAUAGCAUGGCCCAGUAGUACCAGUCAAAAAAGAGCACCCUAGUCUUUUUGAUUAGACCCAACUGACAAAUUCAAAUGUGUACAAGAAACACAUCACUUUGAAACAAAAUAACUCACCACACAUAAAACAGUGAACCUAAUUUCUUUCGAGAUCUUGUGAGGACAAAAUAAUCUUUUAUUUUCCAAUGACUCAUCCUUUCAACCACAUAUCUAUGAUUCUGCAAAUGUUUAUUCAUAUCAAGUAUUUUUAUUUGAUUUUUUAAAAUUUUAUUUGACAUUUGUUUAAAUGUAUAUUCUUUGUUGUCUCAAUUCACAAUGCAUACUGUAAUGUAUGCAUGAUUUCACAUUACAAAAAUGUUCUUAUUACUUGCUCUGGCAUUGUACUUUCUCACUCUAAUAUUAUGUUUUCAAAACAAUGCUACUUUUGUUGUGAGUUAAAGCAUGAUCUGUUUCUUUUUUUUAAGAUCUUGUUUCAAAGUUAGGUUUAGUAGAUUAUUAGUGGAAUAAGGAGUUUUUGAAACUUUUCAUCAAUUUAUCACUUCACAAUGUAACAGUGUGAGCUGUGCAAGUUCCAUCAAGCCAUAUCCUGAAAUUUGCAAUAUACAUUAUGUAAGCCUCCAAAAUUAAUUAUGCAAUAACUGCUGUCCAUAAGCACACCUGGCCUGUCAAAGAAAGACUUCCAAGAUGGGAGGAAUAAAUGAGUGUUUUACACUGAACCAGCAACUAAAGUUAUAUUCUGGUCAGCCCUGUAAACAGACAUCCCAUGCAGAGAAAGAACAGCAUGCCCAAGAUGGGAUUUGAAUCCAGGAUGGCCAAUCCUCAAUGUACUCAUGACAGAUUAUUACAUGACCUCUUUCAAGAUGGGAAGGAACUGGAGUUUAUUUUUAUGGUACAAAACUGUAGCCUUUAUCAUUUACUGUACAUAUAUUUUCUCCUUUCACAUUGAAUAUGGGAUCAACAAGAUGUUAAUGGUUAACAUUUGCUAACAAUAAAAUUGGUUUCUUGGCUUAUUGCAAAAACAUUUGAUUGCUUGACUUUUGCUCUAGUUUGCUAAUACUUUUAUUGCCUUACCACCAAACCAGAAAGACAAAAGUCUUAUGAUAUAAAAGAACUUAUAUAUUCUCAUAUAAGAAAUUUUUUUAAACUGCAUUCGUGCUAAAGCCACUGAAUAUUCUCAAAACCAAACAUUUCAUGUGUUGCGUAUCAUUAUGUUGCAUCACAUACCUGGCUAUAAUAAUCAAUGUUAGAAACAAAAUGUUACAUUUGUGAAUUAUCAUCCACAUACCACUAGCUUAACAAUUAGAUUUUAGAAAUAUUGACCCUCACCAGUUUUAAGUACCAUGGAACCAUGAUUAUCUGGUCUUCCAUUAAUGGUGCAUUUGGUUAUUGGAGACUGCCAAACCCCUUUCCUCCCCUUAAAAAAACCCAACAAAACAUGCUUUACAGUGAUAGGGUUCAAAAGGACAUUUAGCAAAAAGAGGAAAGAGUCAGCAGUAUAUAUGUACUAUGAUAUUAACUGACAAAGCCACCAAGAAUUAAGAAGAGGUGAAAAUGUACAUCUGUGAACCUUAUGGAAACUUUUUUGGUUGAGCCUAUUUUGUCAUAUUUUCUUACAUUCGAGAUAUAUUUUCUUUCUCAUGUUGUAAUCACAAGGGACUCGUACCCAAAAGUGUAAAGCUAGGGUGUUUUUAUGUUUGUGAGAAAUUAUUGCCCUUUUUUUGUAUCUGCUAUGAUUUAAACCCUCACUAAUAAUGCAUAAUCUUCUAAAUAUCAUAUUUAAAAUGUUAAUUUAAAAAAAGGAAUGUUCAUGUGUUUUAAUACUUGGGUUUUAUUGAAAAGUGGGUUUCUAAGAACCUAGUACAAAGCUGCAUCUCCUGGCAGAUUUUUUUUUUUAAGAAAAAGGUAAGUUCACAGGCAGUGUCUACAAAAGCAUUUGCCACUUUUAAAAAACUGUCUCGAUUAUAUGGUCAUUAGCCGGAAUAAUCAUGGCUCCACUGUACAAUAAUAAAUGGCAGGAAGGUGCAAUGGACAAAU